CCCUUGAGCAUGUUCCAAACUCAGUUCGCUUGUGGAAAGCAGCUGUUGAGCUGGAAGAGCCUGAAGAUGCCAGAAUCAUGCUCAGCCGAGCUGUGGAGUGCUGCCCCACCAGUGUGGAGCUCUGGCUUGCUCUGGCGAGACUGGAGACUUAUGAAAAUGCCCGCAAGGUCUUAAAUAAAGCACGUGAGAAUAUUCCUACAGACCGGCACAUCUGGAUUACAGCUGCCAAGCUCGAGGAGGCCAAUGGGAACACACAGAUGGUGGAGAAGAUCAUUGACCGAGCCAUCACCUCCUUGCGGGCUAAUGGUGUAGAGAUCAAUCGAGAGCAGUGGAUCCAGGAUGCUGAGGAAUGUGACAGGGCAGGGAGUGUGGCUACCUGCCAGGCAGUGAUGCGGGCCGUGAUUGGUAUUGGGAUUGAGGAGGAAGAUCGUAAGCACACCUGGAUGGAAGAUGCUGACAGUUGUGUGGCCCACAAUGCCCUGGAGUGUGCACGAGCCAUCUAUGCCUAUGCGUUGCAAGUGUUCCCCAGCAAGAAGAGCGUGUGGCUACGAGCUGCAUAUUUUGAGAAGAACCAUGGCACCAGGGAAUCUCUGGAAGCACUUCUGCAGAGGGCGGUGGCACACUGCCCCAAGGCAGAGGUGUUAUGGCUCAUGGGUGCCAAGUCCAAGUGGCUGGCAGGUGAUGUGCCCGCAGCAAGGAGCAUCUUGGCCCUGGCCUUCCAGGCCAACCCCAACAGCGAGGAGAUCUGGCUGGCGGCUGUGAAGCUGGAGUCAGAGAACAAUGAGUACGAGCGUGCCCGGAGGCUGCUGGCCAAGGCACGGAGCAGCGCACCCACUGCUCGUGUGUUCAUGAAGUCUGUGAAGCUGGAGUGGGUUCUGGGGAACAUCGCAGCUGCCCAGGAGCUGUGUGAGGAGGCCCUCAAGCACUAUGAGGACUUUCCCAAGCUGUGGAUGAUGAAGGGGCAGAUCGAGGAGCAGGGGGAAUUGAUGGAGAAGGCUCGGGAGGCCUACAACCAGGGGCUGAAGAAGUGCCCACACUCUACACCCCUCUGGCUCUUGCUCUCCCGACUGGAGGAGAAGAUUGGGCAGCUGACACGUGCACGGGCCAUUUUGGAGAAGUCACGUCUGAAGAACCCAAAGAACCCAGGGCUGUGGUUGGAGUCUGUACGGCUGGAGUACCGUGCAGGGCUGAAGAACAUCGCCAACACGCUCAUGGCCAAAGCACUGCAGGAGUGCCCCAACUCUGGCGUCCUGUGGUCUGAAGCCGUCUUCCUUGAGGCAAGACCCCAGAGAAAGACCAAGAGUGUGGAUGCCCUGAAGAAGUGUGAACACGACCCCCAUGUGCUCCUGGCAGUGGCCAAGCUGUUCUGGAGUGAGCGGAAGAUCACCAAGGCCCGGGAGUGGUUCCACCGCACAGUGAAGAUUGACUCAGACCUGGGGGAUGCGUGGGCCUUCUUCUAUAAGUUUGAGCUGCAGCAUGGCACUGAGGAGCAGCAGGAGGAGGUGAGGAAGCGAUGCGAGAACGCAGAGCCCCGGCAUGGGGAGCUGUGGUGCACUGUGUCCAAAGAUAUCGCCAACUGGCAGAGGAAGAUCGGGGAGAUCCUGGUGCUGGUGGCUGCCCGAAUCAAGAACACCUUCUGAUGGGGAAGAGGGGUAGCACAUGGAUGAGUCCAUACAAGGGACUGAGCUAUCUGCCCUUUGCUCAUUAAAAAUUUUUAUGUAGCGUAUUGGCUGGUUUUCUCUGGGCCCUUCCCUGGCUUGUGCUUUUGCCAUACAGUCGGCCUCCUGUACCUAACAAGUGUGGUAAUGGAAGCUCUGAUUUGGGUGAAGCCUCCUGCAGCUGCCUAUGUGCAGCUGGAAGAAUCAUGGGGUACCAGGGCUUACUGAGAUUUUUGCAGAAGAGGUGUUAGGAGUACAAACUCUGGAGAGAGUGGGUGCACCAGGUCAUUGCUCUGUGACACAGGAGGUCAGAGGUCACAUGGGGACCAAGCUGUGAAUGGGAUGAAGGGUUUCCAGGAGCCCCCACAGCGUAGAGGACUUUCCCAG